CGUCACAACUGCUGUCAAGGGCUAAGGUCCCGCCCCGCUUCCAUACCAGACCAAUGGCCGGGCCCGGGAAGAGUCCCCUGAGAGGGGCGGGCUCGGGUUCCGGCCAGUGGGCGGGUCCUCCUUGAGGACCCCGGGCUGGGCGCCGCCGCCGGUUCGUCUACUCUUUCCCUCAGCCGCCUCCUUUCAACCUUGUCAACCCGUCGGCGCGGCCUCUGGUGCAGCGGCGGCGGCUCCUGUUCCUGCCGCAGCUCUCUCCCCUUCUUACCUCCCCACCAGAUCCCGGAGAUCGCUCGCCAUGGCUUUACUUACUGCGGCCGCCCGGCUCUUGGGAACCAAGAAUGCAUCUUGUCUUGUUCUUGCAGCCCGGCAUGCCAGUGCUUCCUCCACGAAUUUGAAAGACAUAUUGGCUGACCUGAUACCUAAGGAGCAGGCCAAAAUUAAGACCUUCAGGCAGCAACAUGGCAAGACGGUGGUGGGCCAAAUCACUGUGGACAUGAUGUAUGGUGGCAUGAGAGGCAUGAAGGGAUUGGUCUAUGAAACAUCAGUUCUUGAUCCUGAUGAGGGCAUCCGUUUCCGAGGCUUUAGUAUCCCUGAAUGUCAGAAACUGCUACCCAAGGCUAAGGGUGGGGAAGAACCCCUGCCUGAGGGCUUAUUUUGGCUGCUGGUAACUGGACAUAUCCCAACAGAGGAACAGGUAUCUUGGCUCUCAAAAGAGUGGGCAAAGAGGGCAGCUCUGCCUUCCCAUGUGGUCACCAUGCUGGACAACUUUCCCACCAAUCUACACCCCAUGUCUCAGCUCAGUGCAGCUGUUACAGCCCUCAACAGUGAAAGUAACUUUGCCCGAGCAUAUGCACAGGGUAUCAGCCGAACCAAGUACUGGGAGUUGAUUUAUGAAGACUCUAUGGAUCUAAUCGCAAAGCUACCUUGUGUUGCAGCAAAGAUCUACCGAAAUCUCUACAGAGAAGGCAGCGGUAUUGGGGCCAUUGACUCUAACCUGGACUGGUCUCACAAUUUCACCAACAUGUUAGGCUACACUGAUCAUCAGUUCACUGAGCUCAUGCGCCUGUACCUCACCAUACACAGUGACCAUGAGGGCGGCAAUGUAAGUGCCCAUACCAGCCACUUGGUGGGCAGUGCCCUUUCAGACCCUUACCUGUCCUUUGCAGCAGCCAUGAACGGGCUGGCAGGGCCUCUCCAUGGACUGGCAAAUCAGGAAGUGCUUGUCUGGCUAACACAGCUGCAGAAGGAAGUUGGCAAAGAUGUGUCAGAUGAGAAGUUACGAGACUACAUCUGGAACACACUCAACUCGGGACGGGUUGUUCCAGGCUAUGGCCAUGCAGUACUAAGGAAGACUGAUCCACGAUAUACCUGUCAGCGAGAGUUUGCUCUGAAACACUUGCCUAAUGACCCCAUGUUUAAGUUGGUUGCUCAGCUAUACAAGAUUGUGCCCAAUGUCCUCUUAGAGCAGGGUAAGGCCAAGAAUCCUUGGCCCAAUGUAGAUGCUCACAGUGGGGUGCUGCUCCAGUAUUAUGGCAUGACGGAGAUGAAUUACUACACGGUCCUGUUUGGGGUGUCACGAGCAUUGGGUGUACUGGCACAGCUCAUCUGGAGCCGAGCCUUAGGCUUCCCUCUAGAAAGGCCCAAGUCCAUGAGCACAGAGGGUCUGAUGAAGUUUGUGGACUCUAAGUCAGGGUAAAACUGGAGACUGGGGGAAAGUGACUACCAGAAAGUGAGGAAGCCUAAAUAAAAAGUAUACUUUUGUUUCAGGGGGCCUUUAAAGACUUAAGAUUAAAUUAUAUCUGAGGCACUGAUAAUAUGUUUGAGGUUAAAAUACAAAUUAAGACUUUAAAAGAUGAAAAAUGGUCCCUUCUUCCCUAAUCAGCUCCCUUCCCCUGCCUGGUAUGAGUUGCCCAUCAUAGGCAUGGUCCUGGAGGAUGACCAGGACUAAUGCAUGUGGUAUGAGUAGGUUUGGCCCCCUCACUAUCUCUAGAGUGAGAAUCUGGCGCCUGUUUCCAUGGGUCAAAGCCGGUUGCAGAGAACCUGCAAUCACUUUGGAGCUUUAGCUUCUUCUCUGCCAAGCCCUCAAUAAGCCAGCAAACCAGGACUCUGCCCCUUCUGUUUCCAUAGGAAUCAUGCUGGAUAGUCAGCUGUACCAAGCCCCUUAGCCCUCUCCCAUGCACACAAACACCUCCUAGCAAGACCUGUUGGUUAGCUGGACAUGCUUUGGCAAUUUUUUUAUACUACCAAGUGACCAUAAAGGCAUGGCAUUUGUUGUGACUGGCACCCAAUGUUUGAUUUUUUUUUUUUUUUUAACUAUCCAAUUAAAAUUAAGGUCUGGGAGUGUUCUGUUUCCCAUUACUUUAAUACUCACCUCCUCCCAGACUUUCUACACCUGUUGCACUUCAGGCUGAGGAUGUUCUGGACCUCCCCCUCUUGGUCCCUACUAGAGACUCUCAACAGAUCUGUGGGCCCAGUCAUUGGGUUUUAUCAGUGCUUAAUGUGAAUUAAGUUUUUUACUUCCACAGACUACAAGCCACUACCUUCUGACCUCCCCACCCCCCACCAACCCCCAUCUUUUAAUAUGCUGUGGGGCAUAGAAUAGGGACUCCAGAAUAACCAGCAUGAUAUUUUCAGAGUCUUGUCCCUGGGGUAUUAGCACCUCUUUUUGAACAGAGAAUUGGUUCAAGAUUGGACAUGGUCUCCUCUGAUUAUCAGGUACUGGGGCUGAGGGCAUUAAAAAUAGUAAGCCUCCCUCCUCAUCCCCUGCCUCAAGAAAUUGCCUCCUUAUUUAUCAACAUCUUUUUUCCUCCCUUUCCCUGAGAGCUCACAGUACAGUGUUUGUUUCAGAAGUCCCAUUUGCACAGGUUUUCAGCAACUCAGAAUGCUCUACUUCUUUUUCUUUGAGAAAGGAUUGAGAUACACUCCUGCUGUGCCCCCAUCUUUCCUCCAAACUCCUGCCUGUGUUUGUGUGGAUACCCAGUCCCAGAACCACACUGUUGAGUUGGACACACUGUAAACCCCUGGGUAACUGUCAAGUCAUGAUGCAGACUUCAGGUUGUUCUGUAUAAAAUGCAAAAUAAAUGUUUUUAUUAACAAUG